UUCCCUUCUCUACUUCCCCUUUCUCUCUCCUACUAUUCUCUCCCCUUUCCACUCCUCAUUUCUCUCCUCCUCUUUAGAUAAAGAUUUAGAUAACUUUAAUAUGCCAUAAAUUAUGGCUUACUGACCACCGUGGCUUGAGUUCAAUACAUUAACGUAAACCAUAUUACAGUAUAGUGUAAAUAUAUAAAACUAAGUGCAUUUCCAAACGACCCCUAGAGUACAAUUAAGGUUCGGAUAUUCCAUAUGUUUCUUUCUCAUUUACUUAACCUUUUGGUUGAUAUCAAAAAGCAAAGCAGGACCAAGGGAUUUUUAAGGCAAACUGGGAAGUAAAGAAAAAAAAGAAGAGGAGGGGGGAUUAAAAUCCGGAAGAAAGCAAUACCGGCUGUUAUAAAUAAGACUGCAGAGAAGAGCAUAACUCGACCUUUUAUCCUUAAUUUCCAAAGGGCGCUGAAGCGUGCCUGGGACGUCGUCAUAGUAAUAAAUCUGGCUUGCUGACAGGUGAGUAAAUAUGAGAUAAUUUCCGAUCUCAGCGGCUAACUUAAAAGGAGGGAUCCCAGCCUUGGGUAGAUUUCGGCUUCCGGCUGAAUCGGAAUCGCUUUCUCCGGACGCUUAGGAAGUUCCUGACCGCGGCAGCUGAACUUUAUCGACUCUGUGAGGGUGGACCUCGAAGAGACAGGCAGGGGGGUUCAGCCUCCGCUCCUUUCCAAGCCGCUUUACAACAGGAGCUCCGCGGCUAUGGAAAGCUACCAAGCGAUGGGUCCCCCGGAUGACGAGAGUCCAGAUAAUGACAGAUCGCAGAUUGCCAAUGAGGAACCAAAACGGCUGAGCAGACAGCAGAUGUUUAUCAUGAUAUCAACAGCAUCCCUCAACUUUGGUUCAAUGGUUUGCUACUCGAUUCUGGGACCAUUUUUUCCAAGAGAGGCAGAAAAGAAAGGAGUUAGUAGUACAAUUGUUGGAUUUAUUUUUGGAUGCUUUGCGUUAUUCAACUUCCUGACAUCAUUGAUAAUGGGAAAAUAUCUUGUACAGAUUGGAGCAAAAUUUAUGUUUAUUGCUGGCAUGUUCGUCUCGGGAUGUGUCACGGUUCUCUUUGGAUUUUUGGACAGAGCACCUGAUGGGCCAAUAUUCAUAGGGCUGUGUUUUUUGGUCCGAGCAAUGGAUGCAAUUGGUUUUGCUGCUGCAGCGACAGCCUCAUUUUCUAUUCUCAUAAAUGCUUUCCCAAAAAAUGUAGCUACAGUUAUGGGCAUUCUUGAAGUCUUUACCGGAUUGGGAUUAGUGUUGGGUCCUCCAAUUGGUGGCUUUUUGUACCAGAGUUUUGGCUAUGAAGUUCCUUUCAUUGCCCUUGGAAGUGUAAUGCUGCUCAUGGUGCCUCUGAAUAUGUUCAUCUUACCAAAUUAUAAUUCAGUUCCUAAGAAAGAUUCCUUCUUGAAGCUUAUUCUUAUACCAAAAGUUGCAAUCCUUUGUCUAAAUAUAUUUGGACUAAGUUCAAGUAUAGCCUUUCUGGAUCCCACAAUGUCAUUAUUUGUCUUGGAAAAAUUUAAAUUGCCAGUAGGAUACGUAGGAUUGGUCUUUCUGGCCUUAGCACUCCCUUAUUCCUUAUCUUCACCACUUCUUGGUUUUCUAAGUGAUAAAAAGCCGAGUUUAAGGAAAUGGCUGCUAAUCGUUGGAGCUUUUCUGACCUCAUUAUGCUAUUUUUUCUUAGGGCCAGCUCCCAUCUUGCACAUUGAAACUCAGCUUUGGCUUUUCAUUCUGAUGUUGGUCCUGAAUGGUUUUGCUCUUGCAAUGACUGGUAUCCCAAUAUACCCUGAAGCAAUCAAUAGUGCAUAUGAGAAUGGAUUUGAGGAAGGAUUAAGCUUAUUAGGAUUGGUGUCUGGACUCUUCGGUGCAUUAUGGGCACUUGGGUCUUUUGUAGGUCCAACUUUAGGUGGCUUCUUAAAUGAGAAACUGGGUUUUGAAUGGUCUGCAGCUAUACAAGGAGGAUUCACAUUGUUAAGUGGACUAGCAGCUGCAAUUUAUUAUACCUAUGAAGCCAUGCAAAGGAAGAGGUCCCAUCCUGGAAUCCAUCUUGGUUCAGAGCAAGAAAGGACUCUUUUAUUGAAUGAAUGAGAUAUUUUUCUCAUUGCCAGUGAAAUCUAACUUCAUUUUGCAUAAUGUGCAAAAAGACCAAGGAAAAGUCAUGAAAUGUAGUUCUUUCAAAAUCCACCAUCACAAUCUUUGGAUUAUAAAAGCAUUAGCCUCUCUAAUUAGACAAUAACAUGCCAUUUUAUUAUUAGAGAAGCCAUUCCAGUUUUAGCCUUUUUUUUCAUGUCUCUAGUGGUCUUCUGAAAAAGUUGCACUGGAAAAGACUGUCCAAGAGAUUUACAGGGUAAAAGUGUUUUGCACAAAAGGUGACUUUUAUACUUUGAUAUAGGGAUACGCACAAAAAAUGCAAACCAAUAAAGUAUUAUUUCAAAUGAU